GGAGACGACUCCGCGGGAAGGCCUUCUAUAACGUGGGGGAAAAAGUGUACUGCCAGGAGGACUUCCUGUACUCCGGGUUCCAGCAAACAGCUGACAAGUGUAGCGUGUGCGGACACCUUAUCAUGGAGAUGAUCCUGCAGGCCCUUGGCAAGUCCUACCACCCGGGUUGCUUCCGCUGCUCAGUGUGCAACGAGUGUCUGGACGGCGUUCCCUUCACCGUGGAUGUGGAGAACAACAUUUACUGCGUUAGAGACUAUCACACGGUGUUUGCACCCAAAUGUGCUUCCUGUGCCCGCCCCAUCCUCCCCGCACAGGGCUGUGAGACAACCAUCCGUGUGGUGUCCAUGGACAGAGACUACCAUGUGGAGUGUUACCACUGUGAGGACUGCGGGCUCCAGCUGAGUGGGGAGGAGGGUCGCCGCUGCUACCCCCUGGCGGGCCACCUGCUCUGCCGCCGAUGCCACCUGAGGCGCCUUGGACAGGUCCCGCUGGCCUCACCGGCUGUGCACGUGACUGAGCUCUGAGAAGCAGCCCCCAGGAGAGAGGGGUCCCUCCCGUCCCUGUCUCCUCCCCUCCACCGAGCUGCUGUCCCUUCCGCAGGGGCCGGACCCCCGCGACAAAUAAGCAAUUUCUAUUUAUUCACCUCUCCGUGCCUCAAGCCACUUCCCCUGCUGGGUUCCAGGAGACCUGUACCUGCAGCCUUGGGACAGGCCCCCUUCCCCGCGCCUGGCCUCAGCUCCCAGAGGCAGGGCUUGGAGGGCCUUGGUGCUGUGGGGGAAGGGUGCCUUCAUUGUGUUGCACUCACAGCCAGGGAGCAGCGACAGCCCGGGAAACCCCACCGAGAUUUGGCCUUGAUGGGCGUUUUCAGCCACAGCUCUCCGCCUUUUUAGAUCCCGGCUUGGGAUGCUGCUUUUCUAGCACCCUUCAGCCUCAGAAGAUGGUGAGAGAAUCCCAGGCGCAGAGAGAGGGCCCACGGCGGCUCCCUGCACACCCCCAUCUGCCAGCUCCACCACAAAACCAUGUGAUUUGACUUAAAUUAAGUUUUCCCCCCCCUGGAGGAUGUUUGCAUUUUCUUUAAAAGAAUAUAGUUUUCUUCUAAAAA